GAGGCCGCCAGCGGCCUCAUGACAUCCUUCGCGAUCUCCGACAUGAUGGCCGGAGGGGCCAAUGGGCCAAUGGCCGUUCCCUCUGGCUUCAAGCAGGACAGGGUCGGAGGACAACAGCUUAGAGAGCACAACAUCCUCGACACCAUAGAAGAGCAGAUCACGUGGAGUACCGCGGCGUCCACGCCGCAGAUCCUCAUCAUCGACAGCUUCCACAAGCACUCCGACGAGAAGCACUUGGAGAAGCAGGUCUUGGGCGCAGA